GAGGGAGAGCGCAGGCCCUUCCAGCGAGCGGUGCGAGCGUCCGGGCUAGGAUGCUCUUGGUAUCGCCCUGCGGGGGCAGCAGCUGCAGCAGUAGCAGAAGCCGUGCCAGGGACUAACCCGCCGCUUCGCUCCCUGCCGCAGCCGCGCUAGCGCCCGACGUGUUGCUGCCUGAGAGACAGCCAGCCAGCAGGGCUGCUUGCUUUUACUGGCCCCUCCUUUCCCGCCGUCUCUUCCUUUCCCUCCCCUGCCCGUUGGCGGCUCCGGGGCACUGACCCUCGCCGUCCUCUUCCUCCUCUUCCUCCUGGGUUGCUCCUCGGCGGCUCCCAUGGCGGCCCCGGGUAAUAUCGUGUCCGUUAUGGCGAGUAAGACCAAGACCAAGAAGAAGCACUUCGUGGCCCAGAAAGUCAAGCUCUUCCGGGCCAGCGAUCCGCUGCUCAGCGUCCUCAUGUGGGGAGUGAACCAUUCGAUCAAUGAACUGAGCCAUGUUCAAAUCCCUAUUAUGCUGAUGCCAGAUGACUUCAAAGCAUAUUCAAAGAUAAAAGUGGACAACCACCUUUUCAAUAAAGAAAACAUGCCAAGCCAUUUCAAAUUCAAAGAAUAUUGUCCAAUGGUUUUUCGUAAUCUGCGAGAGAGGUUUGGAAUUGAUGAUCAAGACUUUCAGAAUUCUCUUACAAGAAGUUGUCCACUUGCUAAUGAUUCUGCAGCUCGGAGUGGUGCCCGAUUCCACAGCUCUUAUGACAAAAGAUAUGUCAUCAAAACUAUAACAAGUGAAGAUGUAGCAGAAAUGCACAAUAUAUUGAAGAAAUACCACCAGUUUAUAGUGGAAUGUCAUGGAAACACACUACUUCCACAAUUUUUGGGCAUGUACCGGCUUACUGUUGAUGGAAUUGAAGUGUACAUGAUUGUGACAAGAAACGUAUUCAGCCAUCGUUUAUCUGUUUAUAGAAAAUAUGAUUUAAAGGGCUCAACAGUAGCAAGAGAAGCUAGUGACAAAGAAAAGGCCAAAGAACUGCCAACAUUUAAAGACAAUGACUUCAUUAAUGAUGGUCAAAAAAUUUACAUUAAUGAAGCCAACAAAAAGAUGUUCCUUGAAAAGCUUAAAAAGGAUGUUGAGUUCCUUGCUCAAUUAAAACUCAUGGAUUACAGCUUGCUGGUUGGAAUUCAUGAUGUUGAACGAGCUGAGCAAGAGGAAGUAGAAUGUGAAGAGAAUGAGGAAGAGGAAGGAGAAAGUGAUGGGACUCACCCAGUUGGAACACCUCCAGAUAGCCCAGGAAAUACACUGAACAGUUUGCAGCCUUUAGCCCCAGGAGAAUUUGAUCCAACCAUUGAUGUUUAUGGUAUAAAAUGCCAUGAAAAUGCAGCUAGAAAAGAGGUAUACUUCAUGGCUAUUAUUGACAUUCUUACUCAUUAUGACGCCAAAAAGAAGGCUGCCCAUGCUGCAAAAACUGUGAAACACGGGGCUGGUGCAGAGAUUUCAACAGUUAAUCCUGAACAGUAUUCAAAACGGUUCUUGGACUUUAUUGCCAACAUCUUAACGUAACCUAAUGCUCUUUUGGACUGUAUAAGGUCUGGAAGAAGAAGCAAAUUGCUACAAGUGUGUAAAGGGUCUUUAAGAAAGCUUCUUUUAAAAGGAACUCGUUCUCUCUCUUGCAGAAAGCAGCCCCCACCCCACCCCUCCCAUUUACAUCUGCUGGCAAAGAUGACUUACUGGGGUGAAAUAUUUGCUUUUACAGCUGCCUGAUUAUGCCCAGCAUAGUUUUAGCUAUUUCUGACAUGUAUGUGUGUGUGAGACUGUAUGUGUGUAUGAGUGUGCAAAAAUGGAUAUAAAUUAACUAAUAAUAACUAAAAUAGAUCAGCUCCUACUCAAUGUGCAUUGCAACAACACCUCUCUGUGGAUAUUAGCUGAAAUAGAAUGAAUGCGAAAAAGAUAUUGUGGAAAGGGAAGGAAAAUCUAUGUGCAUGUUGGAACCUACAAUAUUGGAAUCAAAGCUGUAAACUGUGGAUCAGUUUAAAAUUUGAACUGAAAGAUGCAAGAUAAUAUAGGUGGUAAUUAUGACUCUGAUCUUAUUGUGAAUGUUACACUUAACAACCCUGCAUGUUUGCACUCCUUAAGAAUAACCCCCAUUUGCUGGAAGCUUUUCCUCUUGGCAGUUUUUUUUAAAACCUAUAUUACUAAGUAAGCCCAUUGCAACAGGAAAGAGUCUUCCAGCAACACAGAAGUUUGGCUCUUGUUUUAUUAAAUUCUGAUGCCAUAAUCAUUCUGUGUAUUUGCCAAGGGCAAAACUCAUUUUGAGAAUCAGGGUGGGAAAAAAUAUAGACUGUUUAAUUGUCUUGUAACAUGGAGAUUUUGCAUUGUAUGUUUAUCAUAUAGAAACUGAGUAUAGUAUAAAGAAAUUCAAGUAUGCUUUUUAGAAAAAAUUAAUUGUUAGGGGCAAUAAUGGCAUUUUCCCCACAUGAACAAAGAUGUAGAAAGGUUUGCUCAUCUGUAAGAGAUCAAAAGAAGACAUUAAAUGCUUAUAUGUGCUGUUUUUAAAAUAUUUUAUUAAAAUAUUCUUUUCUAAGCCCUA